AUGGCAUUUAUAUAACCCUGUCCUUGGUAAUUUAAUCUAGCUUCAUUUGACUUACAUCAUAAGGAAGGUUUAGAUAUUACUCUUGGCAAUUUGUCUUUGCUAGAGUAAGCAACGAAUAUUACAGAAGAAAAGUUAGAUUAUCGUGUUAAUCUAGUGAAAGCAAGAAUUCAAUAAUUAGCAGAAGUAUUUAUAUAUUUUCAAUAAUAGCGCAUUAAUGUUUGUAAUGCUAAGUUGAAUCAUCUAUAAAAUUGUCCUUAAGCGAUAGUAUUUCAAUCUCCUAGUAAGUUUGUUAAGAAAUAUGAAUUCGAUCCUACAAACAAGCAAUCCAUAUUUUCAGAAUGUUAUAAUAAACCAAUUAUACCAAUCUAUGAACCAUAUAAAUACAUCAGAUUGGCCAAUGAAUAAGGCUAUUAAGGAAAAGCACCAGACAAUAUUGAUAGAGUAGCAACAAUUCAAAUGGCAUAUGGAAAAUUCACUUAAAAAGGGAAAACUAUUUUUGAAGGAGAAAGAGCCAUAUCAAAAAGAUAAAUCUAAGGUUAUGGCACAGUUCCAAGAAAACUCAAAUAUGUAGAUGGCUUAUCUGUUUUUAACUAAUUAAUUAACCCAUAUACCCAUCAUACUUUUGAUGCUCGUGAAGUAUUUCCUGAACCAGCAGUAAGAUUAUUAUUAUAAUAUUUAAGAAACAAGAGAAUAAAAGAAAAAAGUAAUAAGCAGAUGAUGAAUAAGUAACUAUGGCUGAUGCACCAAAUACAAUAGGUGAUACAAUUACAAAAUAUGGAGAAGAAUCAUAUUCUUAUGUUCCAUCUAAUAAACCAAUAGCUUAAUUAAAAGUUGAUGCAAAACUUAAUUUGGCAGGAAUUGUUGACUAUGAUCCUGAUAAUGAUGAUUUAGAUUUUUUCAAUCCAUCCACAUAAUAAAGAAAUAAAAAACCAGUGGCUCCUAGUAUUGCUCCUGCACAACCACCUCCAUAAAUUUAAUAAACACAGUAAUAGUAAUAUUAAUAAUAUUAAUAACAAUCAUAAUAAUAAUAAAUAUAAUAACCUCCACCCUAAUAAUAAUAGAAUAAAAGUGCACCUCCUCCACCACCGCCUCCGCCACCUCCUCCUCCUAAAGGUGCUCCACCACCUCCUCCACCACCUCCACCACCUCCUCCACCACCUCCUCCCCCACCUCCUCCUGGGUAAUUACCACCACCACCACCACCAAGUGGAUCCAGAUCUAAGUUGCUAGAUGAUUUAAAUACUGAUAAUCCAUUAGCUAGAUUGAAACCGGUAAAUAAAAACAAAGCAGUAGAAUAACAAAAAGCAUAAAUCAAAGCUCCAGAAAUGAAUCACAUGGAUAUUUUAAAAUAAUAAAUUGCUUAAAGGUAAACUAGAUUAACAAUAAUUAUAGAUAUUAGGAUUUGAAUAGAUAACCAACUAGAACAACUAAAACAAUGAGAACAUAAAUCAUUGGUUAGAGAGUCGAUGAUAGUGAUUAUUCUGAGCAUAGCGAUUGA